UCAAACCCUCGACUGUACGACUCAAAAGCAACCCGGAACAUUUAAGUCAACUAAUCAUUCCAGAAAACGUAUUGCAAGGAGUUUGCUCCAGUUUUCCGAGCAGUUGUUUGUUUGUUUGUCAGAUGUUACGCUAAGAAAAGUCAUUUCUGCGGACUGAGUUAGUUCUAUCUCAGGGGGGGAAAAAGACAAAUGUUUCUCGCUCCGACUGCGGCGGUUCCUGUGGAACUAUAGCCCUCGACUUGUCUUUUCAAAGCAGCUAGAGAGUGGUGGAGUCGAGCGGUGCCAACAUGCCUCAACAGAAGGACAUAGUGAAGAUAGCCAUCCAGAUGCCUGGGGCCUACCCCCAGCUCAUACAACUGGACCAGAAAAAGCCCCUGUCUGCUGUAAUAAAGGAAGUGUGUGAUUGCUGGAAUCUCCCAGGUCCUGAAAACUACGCUCUGCAGUAUGCUGAUGGAGUGCAGAUGUACAUCACUGAAUCGAAUCGUCUGGACAUUAAGAACGGCUGCAUUCUGCGUCUGACCAAGGCACCGGGACGCUGUGCAGAAGACUUGUACAAGGGCAUCCAGAGCUCAGACGCGGGCGUUCGCUGCGAUUCGCUGAAGGAACUGGCGAGCGUUUCCACAGACGUGACCUUUGCUCAGGAGUUCAUCAGCCGAGACGGACACCUCUUAUUGGUCAAGAUAGUAGAGGACUGUAAUGAGAGUAAUGUGAUCAUGACCCACACACUGACAGGCUUCAUGGAACUGAUGGAUCACGGGAUAGUUUCAUGGGAGAACCUCUCGUCUGUCUUCAUCAAGAAGAUUGCCAGCUUUGUCAACGCAAAGCCGACCGAUGUAUCAAUACAGCAGGUGUCCUUGGACAUCCUGAUGAGCAUGGUGCUGAGCAGCUCCAACCUCUUCCUGCAAGUCAAACUGGAAGUCACUAUGGAAAGGCUCAUCGCUCACCUCCAGGUGACGAAUCAGCAGAUACAGACCAAAGCCAUGGCCCUAUUAAUGGCACUACUACAAACAGCCGCUGACUCAGACAGACAGGAUAUGUUUGCAUUCCUGAAUAAGAAGAAUCUCCGUCAGUACAUCUAUAAGAACAUCAUCCAUAGUUCUGGAUCCGUCCAGGACGAGAUGGCCCACUACCUCUAUGUCCUACAGUCACUUACCUUAAAUCACCUGGAGCCUCGCAUGAGGACGCCUCUGGACUGUUACAGCCAGGAGCAGAGAGACAUCCUUCACGGUUUGCGGCAGGCAGCGUUUGAGACCGAAAGCGACAACAGCUUGAGCCACGAGAGACGACGCUCGCUCUGCGCCAAAGAGUUCAAGAAGUUAGGCUUCUCUAACAAUAGUAACCCUGGUCAGGACUUGGUGCGAACGCCUCCUGGUCUUCUAGCUUUGGACACCAUGUAUUAUUUUGCUGCACGCUAUCCUGAUGCCUACAGCCGGUUUGUCCUGGAGAAUAGCAGUAGGGAAGACAAACAUGAGUGUCCAUUCGCCAGGAGCAGCAUCCAGCUCACACUCAUCCUGUGUGAAAUCCUUCGUAUCGGAGAGCCCCCCUCAGAGACGAGAUCUGACUACCACCCCAUCUUCUUCAGUCAGGAUCGGCUGAUGGAGGAGCUGUUCUGUGUCUGCAUCCAGCUGCUCAACAAGACCUGGAAAGAGAUGAGAGCCACACAGGAGGACUUUGACAAGGUGAUGCAGGUGGUGAGGGAGCAGAUAACCAGGACGCUGUCCAGUAAGCCCACCUCCCUGGAGCUCUUCAAGAACAAAGUCAACGCACUCAACUACAGCGAGAUCCUCAAACUGCGGCAGACAGAACGGCUGCACCAGGAAGAGACUCUGGCUCCGCCCGUACUUGAGCUCAAAGAGCGCCUGAAGCCAGAGCUGCUGGAGUUGAUCCGCCAGCAGAGACUCAACAGGCUGUGUCAAGGAACAAUGUUCAAGAAGAUUAGCAGCCGACGCAGACAGGAUAAACUGUGGUACUGCCGCUUGUCGCCCAAUCACAAAAUGCUUCACUACGGUGAUGUGGACGAAGACCUGGAGAACCCACCAAUCGAAACACUGCAAGAGAAGAUUCCAGUAGCAGAUAUCAAAGGCUUGCUGACGGGAAAAGACUGUCCUCACAUGAAGGAGAACAAAGGCAAACAGAACAAGGAGGCGCUGGACCUGGCAUUUAGCAUCACAUAUGAUGUAGAAGAGUACAGCCUGAACUUCAUCGCCCCCUCCAGAACUGAUUUCUGCCUGUGGACAGAUGGACUGAACGUUCUCCUGGGCCGCGAGAUGAGCAGUGAAUCCAUGCGUGGCGAGCUGGAGAUCCUGCUCUCCAUGGAGAUUAAGCUCCGCCUCCUGGACCUUGAGAACGUUUCCAUCCCCGACAGCGCGCCGGUCGUCCCCAAACCACCCAGCAACUACAACUUCUGCUACGACUUCAGCCAGACCGAGCAGUAGAGUGUGUGCACUCGCUGUAGUGCAAGUAGGCCGUGUGACUGUGUAAAUAUAUAGUGUGUGUGUGUGUGUGUGUGUGUGUGUGUGUGUGUGUGUAGGCAUGUCUGAAAUACGAGGCCUGUGUGUAUGGUGAAACCUGACGUGUGCAUCCAUGCACUUAUUCCUAUAACACAGAUUUAUAACAAUAUUUGUUCUUCAUGGUCUUCUACAUCCAAGUGAGACAAUUGAACAGGAGAAAACCUAUGGAAACUACAAUGGUGUUUGUGGAGGUAAUCUGCUACCAAAUGGCUGUCGACUGUACUAAAUGCUGCAGAGAAAUAUCUCCAGUUGGUCCCUCCAUUCAUGAUUUCUCCUCACUGCACUGGAAACUUUAACACCGCUCCAAAAACCACAAAACAAAUGGCAAAAUUAAAUUCUUCUUCAAUACAGCCACUAAAUUAAUGGUACUUUUGUUUUGUAAUCCUUUUAUGUUUCUAAAUAUAUCUAAAACUGUGUAUCAUACAUGAAAUAUUCCUGUGUGCGCGGCUGGUUUUUACUGGUUGAUGCUUUGCUCCUUGUCUCAAAAUGCUGGUUGUGCUCAUUUGUUAAAUUCUUGUAUUUUCUGUUGCUUUUUUUUUUUUUU